ACAAUUUAAAAAAUUUUAAAAUCAUAAGUUUUUUUUCUGUCAUCUCUGUUUAAGUGUUUAGUUUACUUUCGUGUCUCCUCAGCCUACAUACCACUAGCGCAAAUAAACACGUAAUCAACCUAUGAGAAAGCCCGGGUGCUUGGGUGAGCGCAAGAGGCGAGAGAGUCUCAUUGGGCGAGAACGGGCGAGAAGAAGUGCAAUGCAGUCGUCAGGCACUUCUCUGCGAAGCAAGAUGAGCGGUUCAAAAGAUAUUCGCCGAGUGCUUGUAGUUGCCGUUGAAAUUAUUUUGGUUUACCUAGCGCCGCUCGCAACUGCAGAAUCACAAAGGCUCCCUGCUGAAUUUUUACUAUGCAAAGCAAGCGACGCUGACUAUAAUGGUUGUUUGAAGCAAGCUGCACAAAAAGCCUUUGUUCUUCUCCAAAAUGGAGUGGAAAGUUUGGGCAUUGAGUCAAUUAACCCGCUCUUCAUUAAUCACGUGGACGUUGAGCAGGGUUCUGGUCUCGUCAGGGUAGCUCUCAGCUUAAGCAACGCAACCUUGACUGGUUUGGACAACAUCGAAGUUCUUAGCCAAAGCACUGAUAUUGCAAGUGGCGGGUGCGAAAUGAAGAGCGAGGCUCAGGUGCCGCGGUUCUCGGUCGCGUCCGACUAUGAAGUCAGUGGAAAAGUGAUGCUCCUGCCCAUCACAGGACGCGGCAAGAGUAACGUCACCAUGAAUGAUAUCAACGUAAAAGUUUCUUUAAAGUGUGAGAGGUUUAUGCGCGACGGUGAAGAGUUCCUGAAUGUCACCAAUUUUCAUAUAAAAUUUCAACCAAAAUCAGCAACGAUGUAUUUAGCAAAUUUGUUUGGAGGGGACGCUCUUCUUGAGCGAGCUAUGAAUAUUCUACUCAAUGAAAACGCUCUGGAAAUAUUACGUGAGAUGAACCCCGCUAUUGAAGUCAAAUUCGGUGCGAUUUUCCGCGACAUCAGCAACAAACUUUUCCACAAAGUCCCGUACAAGACCAUCUUCCUCAAAUAAUAUGGUUCCUCAGGGCUGCGGCCAGAGCUCGUGUUUCCGCAUUUUAGAAUGAAUA